UACUGGCAUCUCAUGGGUGGAGGCCAGUGCUGCAAUCUACAAAACACGGGAUGCCCCCCUAACAAAGAUCGCCCGCCCAGAGUCAGCGGUGCCCCACGGGGACCCUCUUGUGUCCGUGUUGGUCGUGUCUUUGUCACCCUUACAGCUAGAGCCUGGCACACAGGAGGUGCUCAGGAAUGGCUGUGAACGAAUGAACGAAGCCAGUCAUGUUGAUGAUUCAUAGAGUAAACCUCACACUUCCCAGUGUGCUGUCCCAUCCGUGCAGCGUCCAAGAACCCAGAACCGAAAUCUAGCCAUCGAAACCGUGCGGGGUUCUUGCCGAGCUGGGGAAUCCGGGCAGCCUUGGCUGAUCGCCUGCCACCAGCACUCCCGGCAGGAGCUCAGCAGGUUGAAAGAAUGAGGGCAGAAGUAAACUGAAGCUGAACAGGCCCCUGGCAGGGGGCACAAGACAUGGCGUGGGGCCCAGGGUGUGGACAGACCCAGGUUCAAAGCCCAGCCUUGCCCCUUAUCAGCCACAUGACCUUCAACAUGUGACUAAGCUCUUCCCUUCAGUUUUUUUUCAGUUAUAAAUGGGGCUAAUAAUCGUGCCUUCCUCAAAGGGUUACUGCGAGGAUUAGAAGAGAUAAUGCACUUAAAGCGUUUGGUGCAGUGCACACAAAUGGUGGUGGAACACCACCGUGGAUUCGCACCAGCACAGAUCGUUGCUGGCGCCUGCCCCUCUGCCUGUAAUCUCCGGUGCCCAGGAGGAGCUGUGUGCCCAGCGAGGCUGUGUGCCAGCACUGGGGACGCAGAGAUGAAUGGGACUCGGUCCUGACUGCCGGGAGCCACUUCCAGCCCAUUGGGGGACUCACGCAAAGGGCUGGAGUGAGACAACCCGAGCACCAGGGGCACAGAACUGAAGGAGGCAGUCCCCGUGCACUUGUACGACUCUCAGAGUGACCACUUCUUCAGGAUCAGUGUGCUUGACUCGCCACAGUCCUCACCGGCAAGGGCCACAUCCUAACAGGCAUCCGGAAGGCACAGGAGAGGACGGGAUGGAGCAGGGGCUGCAGGAGGCUACAGAGGUUUCUGGAGAAAGUGUCGAGAGAGCUGCUGGGCUUGGAAGACCAGGGAGAAUUUUGAAAUGCAAAACUGAGGGCACAUAAAUACCUGGGUAGGAGCCAACAGGGGCAAAGACCGUCCUGGAGGAGGGAGCCCUGGCAAGUCUGGGCUGGGCGAAGAGUUGGAGAAUGAGACACAAAGGAGCCACAUGGAGCCCCUGGCACCUCCUUUGUGAGAGGACAGGGGCUCAACUUCCACCAACUCUGUAGCAAGGGCUUCUCUCACAGAGCCCAGGCAGAGAGGAAAUGGGCUCCCUGACAUUUGAAGCUUGUGGGAGCAGAAUAGAGCCUCCCUGUGCCAGCACACGCACAGGGAGAUGGUCGCCUACAGGCACUUCAUCCUUGGCGUGGCACUGUCAUGGCCAGGAAGGUCCUCAAACAGCCAGUACCUGGGAGGCGCUGUAGGGGGUCGAAGGUGAACAAGACAGUUUGGUCACAGGACAGUUGAGAAGGAUAGUGACAGAGAAAUAAAUAUAUGUCAGUGCAAUGAGACAGAUGUGGCAAUGGGGGACUUGUAGAGAGAGGACAGGCCUCAGUGCAUGAUUGGCCAAGAGUGGUGGUUAGGUGGAGGCAGGCAUUGGCCGCACUUGCUAACAAUGAGAGGUGUUCUAAAAUAGAAUGUGCUGGUUGGUUGGAAGGUGAGCCACCCCAUACUAGAAUGCAGUUCAAUUGAACCAACAUUAUCGAGCACUCUCUAAAUUCCUUGGUCUGGAAUAAAAGAGGAAGUAGGAUUUGGAGGCUGUUAUGUCAAGGGACUCACAGAAACCCUUUGUACCCAGCCAUGGGCCAAAGAUACCGACAUGCAAAACAGUGAAUUCUCCGCACCCGCCCCUGCCCCGGACGUGGAAGCAGGACCGCGAGCAGUCUCUGGCAGCAGCCUAUGUGCCAGUCGUGGUGGACCCUAGGGGACCAAACCCGGACAAGCUCAGGUUCCAUUUCUACACUUCCCAGUAUUCAAACUCCCUGAACCCCUUCUAUACCUUGCAGAAGCCUACCUGUGGCUACCUGUACCGCCGGGACACGGACCACACCCGCAAGCGCUUUGAUGUGCCUUCUGCCAACGUGAUGUUGUGGCGCUCCUAGGCCCAUGCCAGCGGGAUCCCCCGACCCUGCACCCUCACUGCUGUGAACCCCGGGUCCCAGAGGGGAGGGGCUGCUCACUCCAGGAGGAGUGACCUGUACCCGGGCUAAGAGAGCUGUGCCAUGCCCCCCUGUUGACAAUGGCAAAGGAAGGUCUCUGUUCUCAGCAGCAAUUAAAGUUUGUCCUCUUUCCCUGGCA